AUGCUGGACGAUCGCCAAUUUCUGUUUGUGCCUUGCAGUAUAUGUCAUCUUAUGUGUACCGACAUCCACACGCCGCCUCUCUGUGGAAAACAUCUGAGAGAUGUAAGUCGCGGAAACCGAUUUACCUUGAAAGAUCCUAGGUUGCUUAAUUCGUCGGCAGUCAGCCUCACUCCUGGCGGAGCACCUGCUUCUCCCUCAUCUAAGCACAAAACAUUCAAUGAUCCAACAAAGCCCCUGUUUGGAUUGCCUCCAAACACAAACUCAGCCCCAUUUUUGCUGGGAGCACUCCCAGAUAGACGUUUAGCAAAGCGUCUUUCCGUUGAUGUACAUUCUAAAGAAGAAGCAGAGCUGCUUGCCAAGAGGUUCAAAGCUGAGGUACCAGCUGAGCUGACAGUUGCAGAAGCUCUUAAGCAGGGCCAGUCACCAGCUAUAAUUGAAGCGGUGAGGCGUGCAGAACUACGUCGUAAUAGAGAAGAUGAAGCAUGCACUUGCGCA